CUGUAUUCACUAAACGCACUUCAAUUGUUAUCAGCCCCCUUAUUUCCUUAAUGGAGGAUCAAGUUCAUGGGCUAAAGUAGGUUAUGUUUUUAUUUAUCUUUCCCUUGUUUCAGUCUCAUCUCUCAUGUUUUGCAAGUCUGUACAUUAUUUCCAGUAUUUUUAUAAUUUUUAUACUUGGUAGAAGAUAUUAAACAUGUAACAUAUAUAAACAAUGAGACAUCUGUUGUUAUAAGCUUUAUCUAGAGAACAUAGUUUUAUUGGCAUCUGUUAAAAGAAUUCAGAAAUACUUCACUUAAAAUUUUUGCUUACAAAAACAUAUAAAUUUAUCCAUGUAAUUCAUUGUCAUUUCAUGAAUCCAUAUUUUUAGAGCAUCAAACAUCGAAGCAUGCUUUCUAGGCUCAGCCCAGGCAAAUUUAAGCGUGGUAAAGGAUGACAUGUUCAAAGGCCGUUAUCGCUUAGUUUAUGUCACGCCAGAGUUUGCUGUGAGGGCUUUACCUGACUUCAAAAGAUUGAAUAAAGAAGUUGGUAAGUGUUGGGUAUGUGACGUGUUGUUUUUUAGAAGCCAGCACAACUCAGAACCCUGGAGGUUAAAGCAUUUAACACUUAUCCAAUAGUAUAUAGAGUUAAAACAUCAAUCCACGUGACUUUUCACUCCUUUUUCAAGUGGGACGAUACUGAUUUCCCUUCGUUAAUCUGUAUUACUACAGCCAGUAUAAUUAACAGAGGAACUAUGUCUAAUUAUAUCUAAAUUGCUAUCAAAUUCAUGAACUGAGUCCAUUUUUCUCAAAAUUGCUCUUGAUCAGUGUAAAAAAAACUAAAAAUUUAACAGAAAUCAGACCUUUAACAAGUUAUUUUCUUUUCAAAUUUGUGAUAUACACAUUUAUGAAUGAGUAAAAAUGCUAGGAUGCAAGUGCAGCAAAAGGGACAUAAUUCAUGAAUUUUUCUUGUUGCUGUGUUCUAUGGGUUCUGUUUGGCAACUUUUAGAUAAAAAGAUUAAAAUUGCUCACUGCUACUUGGUUACGUAUGGAUAUAAAGUGUUAAAAAUAAAUUAGUUCAUUGGAAUUGAUCUUUUUCUAUUUCCUUUACAUAGGUAUUGACUUGAUUGCCAUUGAUGAAGCUCAUUGUGUAUCUCAAUGGGGACAUGAUUUCCGUUCAUCUUACCGAAAGCUUGGGUGUCUUAAAAAUGAAUUUCCCGAGGUGAAUAUUUUUGCUAUAAGAUAUGGCAGUGGUUCUCAGUGAGAUUAGCAAAGUGUGCCACAAAACUUCUGAGACUUUGUGUGUGAUAUUAGUGGUUUAAAUAAUUAAAAUAAUUGUUCUCAAUAUUUAUUUUUUUUAAAGAAGAAGAGAAUUAUUUUCAAGAACUAAGGAUGUCCUUAAAAAAAAGAAUCAAAACAGGAAGUCGCUGUGGUUCUAUAGAUAUUUUAAAUAAAAUAAAUUCAUAGAAACAUAAUGAUAUUUGAAUAUAUAUUUUUAGCUUCAAGGUGUUCAUUUUAAAAUGUGUUCAUCAACAUCUUUGCUUGUCCUAAAAAAUAUGGAGAUUUAUAUUUGUCAGUAAAUUUGAUUUGAUUGACUUGGCAAACCUAAAGUGCCGUAAAGUAAAAUAUUUUUUGAGAAUCACUGAUUUAGGGUUUCAACAAUAUUAAACAUGAAAAAAAAUAACUUACCAAUUAUUUUGAAAAAUAUAGCUGAUACUUUAAUUAGAGCUGAUAAAUUUGUGAGCCUCUUACUUAAAAAUAUUUUACUUUAUUUUAUUUUAUUUUGUUAUUUUAAUAGUCCUCAUUAUGUUACCAUAGUGAUCAGUAUUCUAAAUUCCUUUCCUCAUCAUCUCUAAGAAAUCAGAUAUUUCUUAAUAUGGAAUCCCUUUAUUAUUUCAGAUUCCGAUAUUGGCACUUACUGCCACAGCCACCAUGGAGAUACGCAGAGAUAUUUGUCGCAGUUUGGACCUUGUUAACCCAAAUAUGACUUGCACAAGCUUCGAUAGGUAAACAAGAAUCUCUAUUAAUUAUCUCUGUGAGCAUCUUUUCUGAGGGACAGUACCAAGGAGAUCUGUGGCCCACAGUUGAUCAAUUAGCUCCCUCAAUGAAGCUAAUUGUUUUGUAACUGAUAUCAUGGAACUGCAAAGUAUAUGAAGGAAACUAAUGCUCCUGAUAAAUUGUAAGCUGUAACAGGUGUCAGUGAAACUUGUUUAGGAAAAACUACACAUUGUGAUAAUAGUUUCAUGGAUUCUUAAAUAUUCUUUUUUAAGGCCCAACCUUUACCUCAUUGUCUCACCAAAAACAAGUGACAUCGUGUCCGACUUUAAGAGGGAACUGAAGCUGUCUGGGAAUAAAUUUGUUUUUGAUGGUCCUACUAUUAUCUAUUGUUCCACUAAAAAAUCUACCGAGGAAGUUACAAGUGCUUUGAGUGGUAUGCCUUAACUUUGUAUUCAAUUUUAUAUACCUUAUCUUUUUUUCAAACUAAAUUAAUUAAUUAUUUAUUAUUUUUAAUUAGUGUAGCCAAUAUUUAUUGAUAGAUUAUUUAGUAAAACAAACGUUAUGUCUUACUUAUUUAGGUUUGGGUGUACCUUGUUUGCCAUACCAUGCUUCCUUAUCCCUUGCUGCCAGAAAAAAAGCUCACCAUCAGUUUUUGAAUGAUCAAAUUCAGGUGAGCAAAAAGUAGUUGCAUGCUUGUCAAUGUUUAUGCCUGUUCCCAGUUAUUGGCUGACAAUGAAAUUAUCGCUUUGUUAUAGUUUGAAUUUUACAAAUAAAUAAAAUAUUUAAUUCUCAAACUUGACUUAAAAGUUACAUUUGAUGGCCUCGAUAAGUGGAUUAUGAGUAUUUAUAGAAAAACAGUACUUUAAGAAUAAAAUAUUUUUUAAUCUUAUUAUAAUGUUUCUUAGGUUAUUGUAGCUACAGUUGCAUUUGGUAUGGGAAUUGACAAGCCAGAUGUUAGAAAAGUGAUUCACUACGGAGGUAGGAUUAUUUUGGCCUAUACAUGCCUUUUCCCAUUUUUUUGGUACUUAAGAAUAGCUAAUUUACCCUUUUUAAACCAGUGUGUACAUUAAGUUUUUAAAAAAACAGUGCAUCAAAACAUAAGUUGAAUUUUAAGACUCUUAUCUUGCUAAUAAAUAAUUAAAACUUCUGCAACCUUAUCUUUUAAUGUAGGCUUACAAAAGAGUGUUUUUUCUUUUUUUUGCAGCCCCUAAAGAUAUAGAAUCUUAUUAUCAAGAAAUAGGACGAGCAGGUAGAGAUGGAUUACCAAGCAUCUGCACAGCAAUUUUCUCUAGAGCAGAUUUUAAUGUUUCUAAGUGAGUGGUUUUGAUUAAAUAUUACAUGGUCAAAAGCCUCAGAGUGUUAGUGCUAUCGAGAUCACUGUAUAUGUUGUUUUUUACAAUGUAUUUGUAAUUCAAAUAACCCCUGGUUAAAACCAUAGACUCAGAUCUGUGAAGAAUUACAAUUUAAAUUAUAAUCACAAGCUGUCUCAUCUUUUCUCAAAACAGACAUUUUAUCAGAGAUAUUCAAAGUGAAAAAUUUAGACAGCACAAGAUGAAAAUGUUCAGCAAAGUAGAGCAAUACUUGACUACGCCAGGUUGUCGUCGCAGGUAAACAUAUGAAAGACAACUUAACCAAACUUUAAUUUUCAACACUAAUGUUGUAACUCUUCUCAUUUAUUUACAGCUCUUUGCAUUGGUAGAGCUCAGUAGAAAAAAUAAUACUUUCUAUUUUAUUAAUCAUUUAAUAAUUUUCAAGUUCAUAUAUUUGUUCAAUUUUUUUCUUUGAAUUGGAAAAAAAAAUUUGAUAAAUUGUUUUUAAUUACCACCUAUUCCCCUCAUAACUUUGAUCAAAUUAUUUAGUUUUUAAACAUACCUGUGACAAUUAAAGCUGUUCUUGACAGUCACAGUUAAAAAUUAGCUGAUGCAUCAAAAAUAAUUUCCUUACAUAUAAAAUAAAAUUUUUGUUGUAAAAAAUGGUAGCGUAACAUUUUGCUAUUUUGUUGGUAAGUCCUUUUUCAGUUAUAACCCUUCAUGAUAACACUAUAGUGAUAGUGUUAUUUUUAAUUAUUUAUAAAUACUUAAAUCAUUUCCAUAUUUUUCCAGAGUUCUUUUGUCACACUUUGAAGCUGGUAAUCUGAAUGAGCUUGGUGGGACAGAGAACUGCUGUGAUAAUUGUAGACAGAGGUAAAUCUAUAUCAUCUUUCAACAUCUCAAUUACUAUUUUAAUUUGGAGCAAAGUUCAGUUAGUAUAUGCUAUCUUUUAUUAUAAUCCAAACUUAUGUUUCAAAUAUUUAACACAUUGUUUUAUUUGAUAAUGGUUUGAUUAAAAAAAUUACAAUUUAUUUGAAAAUUGUCCAAAUUAUUUGGUGACGGUGAUUUAUCUAUUUAUUAUUAUAUUCAUGCACUAAAAAUAAAUCACUUUAUAUGUGUGUACACACAUAAUAACAGGGAUGUAAUGAUCUUUGUCUGUUGAUAUUUCUAUGGCUGAGUCUUUAUACCAAGUUUGUAACUCUAUUCUUAAAGAAUGUUGUCAGGCUGCUCAUGUCUUCAUCUGUCCUUUUUAAUUUAGAAUAGUUCGUAUGCGACAUGGAUUAACAGUUUCAGAUACAACAGUAUCAGAAGAUGGAGUUAAUUUUGCCAAAGAAGCUGCAGAUCUGUUCAGAGCCAUUGAGGUAUGUUUAAUCUAAAAAAAUAUAUUCUCUGAAACAUUUUUGUUAAACAAAAAAUCAAAGUUUUCAUGACAUUCUAAAAUGUUAUAUAAUGGGGUAAUGCUGUAUAAUUUUAUUUUAUUCUAGCAGUUAAAAAAAAAAAGAACCAACUUUGUCUCUCUUUAGAAUAUCUUGGCACUAAUAAGUUUAUGUAUAAUAUUAGGUUACAGGAAACAGGUAUGGACUAGCUGUUCCAACACAAGUUUUAUUGGGCUCGAGUGUAAAGAAAGUUGAACCUUUCAGAGGUUGUAAAAUCUUUGGAUCUGGAAAGUAAGUCUGUUACUGUUAGAUUUAUGAUGAAUUAAUAAAUUCAGUUUGAAUAUUUAUGCAUGCACCGUAAUAGAGGUUGUUGGUUUUUUUCUCUUGGUAAUGUGCUUCAUCUUUCUGCAGACAAAUGUUGGAAAUAAUUUUGUAUUUGAAUUAAUUUAUUUUACAUUAGUUCGAUAAUAAAUAGAAAUGCAAAGCAAUCUAAAGCCCAAUAAAGAAAAUAAGUACAAGAUUUAAAAUUGAUUCUUAAAGAAAAUCAUGUGACUUAACUGAAUCCAAAACAAAAUAAACAGUGUUCAAAGUUACAACAACUUGUCAGUGCACUUUCAGUUUAAUCUAAUGUAAUGGAAUACGUGCAUAAAAUUAAAUGUAAUGUUUAUUUAACAAACUUGAACUUUUCAAUUUUUAUGCACAGGUAUAGAUCUGCUAAGUUUUGGAGUGCAUUGGGUAAGUUUUUAUUUUUAUAUUACAAAAGUCAUGGAACAAAAAUUAUUAUAUUUGAAGAUUACACUUAUUAAGACAGAGUAUCUUUAAAAAAAAUACACUCCAUCAUAAGGAUCUUUUUUUUUUUUAAUACAAAAAGAAUUCUUUAAUUGUGUUAAUGCACAAAAGACUUAAUGACAUAAGCUUUAAAUUAAAUGAUUAUUGUAGUUUUUUUUUGUUUUUUUUGGAGGGUAUUAAAGUUAUAUAAUAUAUUUAUAAAAAGUUUUAUUAAGUAAAAACAUCAAAUCAUUUUCCCAUUUUAAACUUCAAUUAAAAUAACAAUUUCUUCCAUCUUUCAAAGGCAAAGCCUUGGUCUAUGAAGGUUACCUGAGAGAGAAAUCAAUUUCUGGAUCCUUCGGUUUGACAAUAGAGAUGACACCUCAGGGAAGGUCAUGGCUUAAUCAGGACAAGUCCAAGAACAGUGCACACCAACUUUUGUUGACACCUACAGUCGAUCUGCAGCACGAGCUGGACUCUGGCGCUAAAAAACAUGUCACAUAUGCACCAAGGUGAGUUUAACAGAAUCUCACCAUGAAUAAACAGCAUUUAAAAUUUUUAAAGAUAGCAAAAUAAUGAAUGGAAAUUAAAAAACAAGAUCAUAAUCACAUAAAUUUGCAUGAUUAUUGAGACUAUUAUGCGUGGAAGUGCUAGUCACAUUUCUUAAAUUGUCUACAAGAUAAAUAGCAUUUAAUUUGAGCAAAUAGACUCUAAAAGUGCUGGUCAGAUUUCUUAAAUUGUUUACAAGAUAAAUAGCGUUUAAUUUGAGCAUCUAGACACAUAAAAGAUGGAGCCAUAUCUUCUUUUGUUUUAAAUCAGGGUAUUUUAAAAGAGAACUUUAUCUUGAAUUUCAGAUUACAUCAGAUUCAUUCAUUAUCUAGUCUCAAUAUGCCUACAAAGCUGUUACCUUCACCCUCUGUGGCGGCCCCAACGGCGCCACCCUCACUGGCAGCACCAACCAAACCCGUUGACGAAAAGACUGCCAAGCUUGAAUCUGAAUUGUAUGUGCAUCUGGUGAAGUUGAGAAAUGAGAUGUCCCAAGACACAGGAUUUGUGCCCCACAAGAUUGCAAGCAACAGGGUUCUUUUGGAUAUGGCAAAGUUUAGGUUUGUUUUGAUUGUUUUAUUUUUAUACCAGUGUUAAAACUUGGUGUGAUUUUUUGCAGGUAGUUUUUUUUUACCAAUAACUUUAAAAACAAUUAAUUUUUUGGCCAUUCUAGAAAAAUCGGUGAAGGGAGUAUUUAACCUUUAUCAGUUCAGAACAAAUCUAGUGAACUGAAGUACUUAAUGCUAACUGUAUUUCAAUGCUUCCCCAAAGUUGUUAUAUGCAACAUGAUUUUAAGAAAUUUAUGAAGUUAUUAGUUUCUUCAUGUCACUAAACUGUUCAUUAAACUUGUCUGUGUAAGUUAUUUUUAGCCAAUGUCCUAGUUGAGUAGAAUUUAACAAUAUGAAAAUUUAUAGGCCAAGUAUCAGGACAUCAUUGCUAAGGCUGGAAGAUUUUUCAGAAGUAAAGGCUGACAAUUUUGGAGACAAGUUCCUGGAACUGAUUAAUUCCUUUUGUUUAAAAUCUACUUUGAAAACUGACAACUUCCCAGUAGUGGACACGAUGGUGAGCAAAUAAGUUUAUCAAUCAUUGCUUUAAGAGCAAUACUAUUCAUUUUCAUGUUAUGCUUGUUGUUUGGUAUAGGUACUAUAUGAUUAAAAAUAUUUACUUUAUGCUUUGCGGGUUGUGUCUGCUCAAAGAUAUUUAAGCUAUUCACAAACAGAGACGGAAAGACGGAGCAAAUGCUUUAAUGCUUAAGCUAAAAAAAAUUUAAUUGCAAAGACUUUGUUAAAAAAAUUAAUCAAAUGUUAAUCAAUCUAUGAGACAAAUAAUUUAUUUCCAAAGGAUUCUGCUGAUAGCAUGGCCUGCGUAAAAGAGGAUCUUAUGAAAUUAACGGAAACACAAAGACAAUCAUAUAUCAUGUUUGUACUUCAGAACAUUUCACUGGUAAUUAUAUUAAAUUUAUUCAAUGUUUUGUGAUUUUUGAGGUUAUUGAUUUUAUUUAAGUGGCUUACUCUAGAAAAUGAUGGUAAUAGUAAGAACAUGUUUGCAGGGGUGAAGCACUUAUAAACCAAUUGUAUACAAAAUAAUUUUGCCCUUGUUUACCUUUUUUUAUGUACAGGUAAUUAAUACAACCAACUUAAAUAAUAAUAAGAGAAGCAAAUUACAUUUAGCAAUUCAAGUUAUCAUUGAAUUUGACAAAUGCUUAUAUUAAUUAUACAAAAAUUAAUUACUUUUUUUUUUAAAAUGCUUCAUUAACUACUCUUCAAAUACAGGAGGAAGUAGCAUCAAAACGUGGGUUGAAAACAUCCACAAUUGUCGGUCACCUGUGUGAAGCACUGAAGGUUGGCUUGGCUGUUGACAUAAGGCGGCUGGGCUUAACCCCUCAAAUCGAAAAGUUGAUUUCUGAUGCAAUAUGGGCUCCUCCUGUAAAUGGAGGUAUAUAAAUUUAUAUCUACAGAAUAAUUCAAUUAUAAUAAUUGUUUUUUCCAAAUUAUAUUUUCAAAAAGUCAUUCAACAGAACAUUAUUCUAUUUAUACUUUAUUUGAUCAAAUGUCUUCACCGAAACAAAGUGACAUUACUUUAGGCUCUAACUUUAGUGUCUUUGGGUUGAUGAGAAGCACCUUAUCUCAUCAUUAUGGUUAAAUCUGUUAAUUGUCAAUAAUUGGAGGAUGUUUUUUUUUUUGUUUUGGGUGUUGGUGGGAAGCCCCUGAUCAUUUCUGUCUAUUUCUACUUAUUAUUGUUCAUCCUUCGCAUGCGAAGAUGACCAAGGCUUCAACUACAACAUUACCGGAGCUACACAAAAAUUAUUCCUGUAUUCAUUAAACUCAAAUUUGUUAAUUAUGUGAAAAUCAUUUCAUACUUUAAUUUAAAGUAGGCUAAAUUUUGAUAUUACUUUUCUUUUACUAAAAAAAUUUAUUUUUUUUUCUUAAUGUCUUUUCAUUAAAAUAUGUUGUUUUUUGGUCCUUAAUGGUAGAAUGACCUAAAAAAGUUCAUUUUAAUUAUUAGAAUACUCCUUUUUUUCACUGUGCUUUUGUUAAACUAUUUUUAUUUUCCUUCAAAAAAUAUAGUAAUUUCCAGCUUUACCAAAAUCAAAGACCAGCUUCCCCCUUAUGUUGAAUACAACCAAAUAAAAGUGAUCAUCUCUAAUCUUAUUCUUAAACAUGGUGAAGAGAUCAAUAAUAAUGGGGAUCGUGUUCUCAUUGGUGUCCAGUCAACCAAUCAAAAUUCAGAAGCAGCUAUUACCAUAUAUGAAGACUCAACUGACUCUGAAUUUGUAAGUUGUCCAGAAAACCUCAUUUAUGAUUUUAAAAUUAAUUUUGUAUUAGAAUGAAUAUAAAAGCUGUAAACAAUUUACAAUUCUUACUUUUAAGUGUUACAUAUAGCACUCACAAUGAUCAAUUUAAAGCAGUGGUGUACUUGUAAGAAAUUAUACAAAUUAAGCAUCUUGUAUAAACAAAGUAUAAGAAGGCCAUUUACAAAGUCUCCAGAUUUUAUUUUUCACUUUAUUUAAUUGUUAAUUAUAUGUGUAAUAUAUUACAUAAACCGCCUAAUCUCAUAACAAUGAUUAACAAUUUAUAAUUGACAUGUUUAACUGUAUUACUUUGGAACUUUUCAGGAAAGUUCUGCCGUUGCACCCACACCCCCCUUGAAGAAGCAAAAAUUGAGUGCUUCCCAAUCAUCUGUUUCAUCUAACUUAAAUUUGGGCUCUGCUGGAACUGCUCAUUCUGAAACAGCUUUAUGUGAAACUUCUUUAAUGACAUCUUUAUCUGACACCCAGGUUGAACACCCCAGCCUGCCUCAGAGUUUAAGCAGUCAAUUAAGUUCACAAAAACCUGUCAAAACAUUUCCGCCAUGGAUGGGGAAGACCACAGAUAAAACAAUAUUUACCAAGAAAAUUAAAUCUGGCAGUCUUUUCAAAUAA